CAAAAUUUGGUUUGGCUGCUGCACUUGUUUCCAGCUCUUUCACAGUCCGCCUCUCUCUCGAUCUGUCAGACACCCCCCCGUUGACAAGGUCUUUGCAGCGCGGCUGUCCCCCGGCUGCACCUUGUUCGUGUCAGCACCACACGACGCACCAUGCCAGCCCCCGAUGAGCUCGGCGGCGGCAUUCCCGUCAGCGUUGAGUGCCUGAUGGGCCUCGUGACCAUCAUGAUCACCACUUGCCCACACGCGGAGGUACGGAUGCACUGAGACGUGAAUGCAUCUGUUCGGAAUCCGCCGAUGCUUCGUUGCAUGCAUCAUCAUGUCUGCAGACGGGCAAUGAGUGGCUGUGGGGCAACAUGUGGAAGCACGUCAAGUACAACUUCAAAAUGCGGUAACCAGAAGCCAGAUUCGGCGCAUCUUGUCGCGCUAUGUACUCCUUUCUCUCUGUGUGUUGGUGGUUCGCAUGGCUGCAGGAGGAGCAUCACUCCGCGGUUCAUCGCUGAUUGCAUCAGCAACACCAUCGUGGCAUAUCUGGGGCUGGGGAUCGUGCUGGAUGCCUUCUCUGGCGUAGGGGGACAGACGGCCUCCCUCCUGGCCGCAGGGCUGACGGUCUACGCCUGCGAUAUCGACCGCACCAACGUCGAGCACACAACACACAACGCAAGUGUCCAUGGUAUGGCAAGCACAUGUGUGCUGCUGAUAUCAUAGCAUGUUCAUUCAGCUGUGUUCAUCGCUGCGCUGUCUUCAUUAAUUGUCUGCAGGCAGGGGAGUGCUGGAGCGGCUGUUCAUGAAGUGCGGGGACUACUUCAAGCAGGUCGCCAGCCUGGCCAGCAGAUGGGCCCGCGAGGGAAAGAAGUUCGCCGCCAUUCAUUUUGAUAUGCCGUGGGGCGACGAGUACAAGAACAAGACAUAUGAUAUCAACAAGAUGGGCGAUGGCACGAUGGUGAGUGAACGCAGAGACGCACCCAUCCACCAUGCCCUGUGUGAGUGUGUGUUUGUGUAUGUGUGUUGCCACUUGUAUGACUUGCAGUCGGCAUUCAGAGUGCUGGACGUCGCGGCGUCGUUGACCGACUCGUUCGUCGUCAAGUGCCCCAAGACUGUCCCCAUCGCCGAUGUGGUAAGUUGGCGAGUCCAUUCGAAGUCUCCGUGUGUCGAGUCCGUAUGGUCUGCGUGUGUGUGUGUGUGUGUGUCUGUGUGGAUGCAGCUCAAGCUGGCGUACUAUGUCCAGUCCAUCGAGAGUCGCGUCGGCACGGCGAAUACGCCACUCGUCGAGGUCUUUAUGAGCGGCAACAAAACCACCAAGGCCGUCAUCUACAUCGGAGACAUCGCCAAGAAGUGAGAUGGAGACGCAGACAGAGACACAGCCACAAAGCAUAAUGCCCACAUGUGUGUCCGCAGGCGUCUGGCCGAUAUCCCCCCGGCCGCCCGCGUCAGAGACCUGACUCGCCAGCAGCUGACGAUCGAGGAGUGUGCGAGCGGCAUGAGUGCCCAGGGCAAAGCCGUCGGCUGCGCCAAGGUGCUGUUCGAGCCCCACGCGUAAAGCGCGAGAUGGGGCUGCCCCCUUGCGAGUAUGCCAGUGGUGACACGACUGUCGGGCGAUAGGUAGCGUCGACAGAUAGACGGACGGACAGAGCAAAGGACAAUGUACGUGCGGGCGUGUGUAUGAUGCGACCGCCCCCGUUCGGUAGCAUUUUCUGAAGACUUUAUGGACAUCCUUCUGUGGACAGUGCGUCGCCAUGUGAAUCUGGUGGAUGGAGG